AUGAAGAGCAAGACGGCAUGGGGUAUGAGGAAGAACCGCCUCCUCAUGGCGGACUUCACCGAGAACAGCAGCCGACAAGCGGAACAACACGACGGGACCAACGGCUGCGGUGUCCCCGGGGAGCCUGUGUCCGCGGCCGGGGAGCCCGCGGCGGUGACGGUGCCCUGGGGGCUCCGGUCCUCAAACCUCCACCAGAGGAGAAAGCUCGUGCUGCACCUGGACCUGAACAGCACCGUGGUGGUGUCCGACUCUGUGACGGGGCAGGGCACUGUGGCUGCUCUGGACUACUUCCUCACCACCUGCACCUGGGGAGAGAUCAACAAACACGGAAAAUGGGAAUGGCUGAGUGACUCGCCGUCCCUGUUCCCACCACGCAAAGAUGCAGUUCGUUACUCCGACCAGUUUGGACGGAUGCCUGGUUUCACCUCAGGUGCGGGACAACGUUUCCGUGGAGUUCGCGAUGAACAUCUGGAUCAGCUGCGCUGGCCCGAGGGUGUCAAGGGAGACCGCGAGCUGUCUGUCAAAGGAGAGGACGGACGGCUGUACCACUGGAUCCUCCCGUCCUUCUUCCAGCUGCUCAAAGACCUGGUACAGGAAGGAUGGGAAUUUGCCAUCCUGUUUCGUACGUUUGGAUCAGACCUACCUCGUGUGCUGAGAGCUGUGCACAGAGCACUGAAUGAAGGGGCUCAUCCACUGUUCCCUGAUCUGCCUGAUCUGAAGAUUAAUGUGAAUAUGACUCCAGGCCAGAUCCGCUGUACCAAGAAGGGAAUCGUCCUGAGCCGAGCCGAGGACCGCGUGUCGUCUCAAGAUGGAGAGAGGGGCCUGUAUCAGUACUUCAGCUCAGUCCAGGGGCUGGGGGGCUUUCAGGACCACUUUGAAUGGUGGUCGACUAAUACCUUUUCCAUACGGGGGGGGAAGCCAUUUUGGGUCGACCCCUUUGACCAGAGUGUUCAGCACAUUUUCAUAGACGACAACAUACGACAGAAUGACGAGGAAACCAUCGUUCAGCCUAGGAUUUUCAUGGACGCAGGUGGCGAUGACACUCGUCUAGCCUGCACCUCUGAGCUGUACGACAUCACCUUGGUCCAGAACGACCUCCUCCGGGCCAUCUCUGACCGCAACUAUUUCACUGAACAUGUCAACAUCUGCCUGGAAAACUAUGAGAGGAAUCUCCAGCAGGGGGCAGGCUAGGACACACUUUGUCUCUAUGACAGACUCCAGCAUGGGGUACAAUAAACCAAGACACUACACCAUCCCAGCACAGACUGAGGAUGGAGACACAGUCGACUCUAGGCAGGAUUAUUUAAACGCACUGUUUGAAGACUGAAACACAUAUGUAGGAGAUUAUAUCUGGGGGAAGGUUACUUGAAUCAAAGAGGGAUUACUGUUAUUAUCUUAAGAUCAGAGCUUGUAAAAAAUGCAAGAUAAGUGUGGUUUAAAUAGCACCCACUUCAUAACUCCAGGACUGCAGCAAUGUCGGCUCAUAAAAAGAGCACUUAGGUUUGACUUCAUCCGCUGUCCUGAGCUAACUGCAGCCAAUUGAGGUGCAGACUUCAUGGAGCACUGAAGUGGCCAGGGCAGUUUAAUAUGCACCAAAGGCUCUGAGUUGGACAGCUUAUUUGGAGUCAAUUAUACUCAGAGGUGUUGCAUUAGUUGUCUGUAGAGUAUUUAUUAUACUCAGAGUCUGACUCUGUUUUUAUUUGAUGUCCGUCAGUGUCUGCAUUGUUUACAUCUGCUCGGAACUGAGAGGUGAUACUUGAAUAUUUCCAGACGACUGAAGAGAGCAUCUGAUUACCGGGUGUGACUGUGCAGCUCAGGGUGAUGCUUCAUAAUGAAACUGUGAGCUAGAUACCAUCUGGUUUGACUAAGAAUCAACAAACCGCCAUGUUACAUUUAUAAGAGUACACGCCAUUUGUACAACCCCGUAUGAGAAAAGGUUGGGACGCGAUGUUACAUUUACAAAACAAACUGAGAACAGUGAUUUAGAAAUGAUCUUUGUCCUGUAAAAACAAUACAGAAGCACAUUAUUUGAUGUUUGACCUCAUUCAUUUUUUUUCUAUUUUCAAAAUAAAUACUUAUUUUAAUUUAGAUUCUUGCAACAUAUUUCAAAAAAAGGUUUUGAUGGUAAGGCAUUUACCACUUUGUAAUGUUACCAUUCCUUUUCACAACAGUGAAAAGACGUUUAGGGAUUCAAAACACCGAGUGAUGAAGUGUUUCAGGGGUCGUCUUGUCCAAACAAACAAGUCUGAAGGGGUGCAAUGGUACGGGGUUUCGUUGUCGACUUUAGCUUUUUUAAAUGCUUUUUAUGCACUGAAAUUCCUCCAGAUUCCUUGAAUCUUUCAAUAAUGUUAUGCACCGUAGAAGAUGAAAUAUCCAACACAUUUGUUGGCAAACUGGCGAUCCUCGGCCGAUCUUUGCUCCUAAGGAGCUGGGCCUUUCCUGGAUGCUGCUUUUGCACCAAAUCAUGAUUACAAUCCCCUGUUGACAUCACCGUUUUCAAAUCACUUCAUUUUUUAAAUUAUUAUUCCACCCCUUUAAUAGCCCUAAAUUACCCCGUCCCCACUUUAUUUGGAACAUGUUGUUGGCCUGAAUGGAUUUAUAUUUACAAAUAAAUGAGGUUGACCAGACAAAACAUAACAUAUGUUAUGUUCAUACUGUCUGCAAUGAAGUACAAGUCAAAUUAAAUUUAGAAAUCACUGCUGUCUUUAUUUUUUAUUUUUCAUACCGUCCCAUCUUGUUGGGGUUGUACAUGUAGUCAGUUUAGAGGACUCCAUAUCUCUGAUGCAGAGAGGAGGUAAUAUCUUGUUGAAGGUCUGACACACAAUGUGUUUUUUACUACAGUUUUUAUUAAUUAACAUUAUUUGCAAUAUUUGAAACACUUGAUUGUGUUGGUGGAGGUGAAUGGUAAUUUUAGCGUGAAUAUAUAUAUACUUCUUGAGAUGUAUUUAUUUUCAAGCUUUCAGGGAGGUUUUUAUUUACUUUGUGUUUCUCACGUGAGAGACAUGAAUGCAAACUAUUGAUAAUUUAAAGAAAUGUAAUCAAAGCACCAUUGAAACCGAUGAUACAAGGCUUUUCGGAUAUGUGUGUGAGCAGCACUAUGUAGCAGUCUGUGGGCAGUGAGCCUUCCCUCUGUGGACCGAGUUGUACAUGUCUUCUUCUACGUCCUCAGAUACAGCAGUGCUCAGCAAAUGGGCUAAACCAUCUGUCAAGAUCAUCACCAGUUGAUUUUCUUUAUAUAUUUUAUAUUCAUGAUAAUUUGAUUAUUUCACCAUACCAGACUGAGACACAGAACACAGGUGAUGAUGUCCAUCAACAGUCAUAGAAUCACUUCCUGUUUGUCAAUUUGUCUUCAAAGUAAAAACACAAUGCUCUUUUUGUUGCUGCAAUGCUUUAUAUUGAGCUGAGUUUUUAUUUUGAACAGAUGUGAACUUGGGUCUCAAGAUUGAGUUGAUUACUAACAGACCUCUGAAAUAGUGACAUGCAAAGUAUGAAGCACUGACAGCAGUUCAGCUGUGAGAAUGAGCUGGUGAUGUAGAGCUCUCCACUGUGUACGAGAUGAUAUUUUGUGGUUCUAAAAACACUGUCAUCACAAUCAAACCUCAUGAUCAUCAUCAAGUGUGAUGAUGUUUCGCCUCAGAAUGCACAUCACAUGAAAACUAGAAAUAUUUAUUUUUCUUAUGUACAUGUACUGUUAAA